AUGGCAGCCAAAGAGUACCAUGACGCCAUCCGCAGACAGAAGAGUUCGCAUUGGCACGACUUCCUGGCCGAUGACGCUAACAUCUGGCAAGCAACGAAGUACCUGCAAACCGGCAGCGGCACGAUGGGCGAUAAGAUACCCCCGCUCGUCCGACCCGAUGGCUCCAUCACGGAGGGUAAAGCAGAACAAGCGCAGGAGUUACUCACCGCCUUCUUCCCACCUUUGCCAGCGAGAAUCGAAGACGAGGGCCAACGACCUCAACGGGCGCCGGUACACAUGCCAGACCUAACAAUGGAGGAGAUAGAACAAAAGGUCCUGUCCGCUAAGCCAUGGAAGGCGCCCGGGGAAGACGGUCUACCGGCAAUGGUAUGGAGACAGCUCUGGCCAGUGGUCAAAGACAGGGUGCUCCAUUUAUUCCGGACGUCGCUUCGAGACGGCGACAUCCCCAGCCAGUGGAAGAAUGCCAAGAUCAUCCCAUUGAAGAAGCCAGGGAAGAGCGAUUACACUCUAGCCAAGUCCUGGAGACCCAUCUCGCUGCUCUCCACGCUAGCCAGGAAGAGACGCUCGACCGAACAGGCUCUCCUUCUGCUUCAGGAACACAUCUACAAAGCAUGGAGAGCUAGGAAAGUGCUCAGUCUGGUCAGCUUCGAUGUCAAGGGCGCAUACAAUGGGGUCUUCAAAGACAGGCUUCUCCAGAGGCUCAAGGCAAGAGGGAUACCUGAACACCUGGUCAAGUGGAUCGACGCCUUCUGCUCCAAGCGCACAGCGACCAUUGCCUGCAGCACAAGAUCGACGCGAACGGAGGCUGCAAUUGCCUUCGUGGACGACUACACUGCCUGGGUAACGGGCCCGUCAGCGGAGUCGAACCGCACUGGAAUCCAAGCUAUCAUCGACAAAGCCCUUAACUGGGAGAAACGGAGCGGUGCGCAGUUUGAAGGCGAAAAGACAGCCAUCAUACACUUCACGAGGAACAUGGAGCGAUUUUCAGAACAACCGUUCUCGGUCAAAGGCGAAGUGGUCAAACCGAAGGAAAGUGCGAAAAUCCUAGGUGUCGUGAUGGAUCGCGAAGUCCGCUACAAGCAGCACAUUGCUAGGACGGCAGCUAAGGGCCUCGCAGCCGCUCUGGCCCUGAAGAGGCUGAAGAUGCUUUCCCCGCGGACAGCGAGGCAGCUAUUUGUUGCGACAGUAGCCCCGGUCAUGGACUACGCUGCCAAUGUCUGGAUGCAUGCGUGCGGGGAAAAGGCACUGAGCUGGCUGAACAGGGCGCAGAAGAUCGGGGCCCUGGCCAUCACGGGAGCCUUUCGAACCGCGGCAACAGCCGUGGUGGAAGCUGAAGCGAGCAUCUACCCCGUACGAGAACGACACGCCCAGGCAGCAGCCAGUCUGUGGAUCAACAUCCACACGCUGCCCGGAACGCAUCCCCUUGCGAUGAAGAAAGUCCGGACCACCGUACGAUUCGUAUCUCCGCUGCAGAAAAUUGCCCGCGUGGCCGAAGGAGUACGAGUUGACCGGAUGGAGACAAUCCAGGAAUACGCCGUCCCGCCCUGGGUACCUCGCCUACGACCGACGCUCGAAGCCGAUCGAGGGAAGGCGGCCGAGAUGGUCAACAAAAUUUCGGGAAUCGUGGCCGCAACCAGCUCAUCCGUAAAGAAGGGACUUGGGCCAGGCUGCACCGACAAAGAGGGAACUCGGUCAACUUUCUGUGGAUACCAGCGGAGAUUGACUUCGCGCUGGGGUCAGAUGCCAAGGCAGCAGCCCAGAGAGCGUCGAAGCAAGGACGCACACCCGACUCCCAAAUACCCCAGGCCAAGUCUACCGCGAUGA